CGUCAUCAAGGCUGCGCCGUGACUUCUCUUGUUGUUGUUUGACUGCAGAAAGAAAAGUUUCUAGAUACGGAAAAAACUCCAGAUGAAUCGACUGAGAUCUGUGUGACAAACUGCUGUAAAGAUGGAGUUUAUUAAAGAAGAGAGUGAAGACAUCAGUAUUACACAAACACGUGGAAUAAAAACUGAAGAUACUGAAGAACAAAGAGACCUGAUGGAGUUGAAAGAGGAAAGUCAAGAUCUGAAUGAAGAGGAGAAACAUCAGUAUCAGAUGCCUGUUGAUGUUAUUACUGGUGAUCAAUCUUUUAGUGGCUCACAGACUGAAGAAACAAAAUCCAAAGAAUAUUUCACUUGUUCUCAGUGUGGGAAGAGUUUCAAAACAAAAGGAAACUUUAAUCUUCACAUGAAUAUUCACACUGAAAAAAACCCUUACACAUGCAUUCAGUGUGGAAAGAGUUGCAAAUGUAAACGAGCUCUUGAAAGACACAUGAAAAUUCACACAGCAGAGAAGCCUUACACAUGCAGUCAGUGUGAAAAGAGUUUCAAAUGUGAAGUGUCACUCCGUAGACACGUGGAAAUUCACUGUAGAGUGGCGUCUUUCACUUGUGAUCAGUGUGAAAAUAGAUUCGAAUCCCAAGUAAGCCUUAAUAAGCACAUGAGAUCUCACUCGAGUGUGAACUCUUUUGUAUGCCCUCAGUGUGGAAGGACUUUCCAAUACAAAUCAGGUCUUGUUAUCCACAUGAGUAUUCACACUGGAGAGAAGCGUUACACAUGCCACCAGUGUGGAAGAUGCAGCAAAGGUAAACAAGCUUUUGAAAAACACAUGAAUAUACACACUGGGGUAAAGCCUUUCAGAUGCAGUCAGUGUGGAAUGAGUUUCAAAAAUAAAAAAGACCAUGAUUUUCACAUAGCAAAUCAUAUUAGAAAUAAGUCUUUCACAUGCCAUCAGUGUGGGAAAAGUUUCACAAUUAAAGAACGCCUGGAUCGUCACACGAGAAUUCACACAGCAGAGACGCCUUACGCAUGCAGUGCAUGUGAAAUGAGUUUCAAAUGCGAAGUGUCAUUUCGUAGUCACAUGGAAAUUCACGCAAGAGGGAUGUCUUUCUCAUGCGAUCAGUGUGGAAGGAGUUUCAAAUCCCAAUUAAGCCUUAAUAACCACAUGAGAAUGCACAAAAGAGUGAACUCUUUCAUAUGCCCUCAGUGCGGAAGAACUUUCAAAUACAAAGAAAGUCUUGCUAACCACAUGGGAAUUCACACUGGAGAAAAGCCUUUCACAUGUUGUCACUGUGGAAUGAGUUACAAAUUAAAAAGAAACCUUGAUAACCACAUAGGAAUUCAUGCUAGAGAGAAUCAUUUUCACAUGCCAUCAUAAUUGGAAUAAGAAUUAGAAAUGUUUUAUUGCCAAGUUUGUUCAUGGACUCGAGGACAUUUGUCUCUUCCAGUACACACAAAAUAGACCGUGAUACACAGAAUAAUAAAAUUAGUAAAAUAAAAUAAAGAAAAUUCAAUAGAAAUAUAAUAGCAAACAGGACAGGGUAACACACUUACAAAAAUGCUACAUACACACCAGGCCUCAGAAAUAACUGUAAAAAAGAUGCUUUCAAUUUACAUGAUUUAAUCAUGUACAUCGAUUCCACAUGAAUCAAUUAAGUAACAUCGACAUAAUUUUUCCUCUUGGUUUAGUUCAUUAAUUCUUUGUCAGAAAACAUAAUUAGUUUCCAUAGUUUAAAUACAAUUUAAAUGACCCAAUUAAGUAGCCUCAAAGUGUCUCUGACGUCAUUCAUUUCUUCAGUUUUUUUUCAUAGCUUUAUGUCCCAUUUCUGAUUUACAAAAUUAGGUUAUGCUAGUUCGGUAAUGGUAUGUGUUAGCAUGCUAAAUUUUAAGUACUUGAGUAAAAAGUGUCGUGGAAUAUCGCGAUGAAUCUCUCUAAGUUGUAAGAAAACUCUUGAGUCUUGAGUUCCAGAUGCCAAAGUUGUAGUUUAUUGAACACCAACAAACAUGAGACCGGCCAGCUGUCCGUUCUGACUCAUUUUUCUAAGUUCUCAGUUAUAUACCUUUUUUGUUAUCUUGUUACCCACUGUCUCUGACGCAUGAGGUCACUGCCUUGUCUCUUUCCCACCAAUAUGUUCUACGUCCUUUGUUAAUUAAAUAUUGGUGGG